AUGCUCUCACGUGUUGCUGCAGUGUUGGCACCCCGCACACACAACCGUCGCCGCGUGACCGGAUCCAGCGGAAGGAGGAGGGAAGGAGGAGAGAGUGAGCCGCAGAGGCCCAACAUGUCCCGGCGUGUGUUUACUUUCGCGGUGCUGCUCCUCUUCCUCCUCGUUAUGAUGUGCUGCGCCUGCGAAGCCGCACACGCGGAGAACAGUGCUUCAGGGACUGAUCCGAAGUUUGAAUGGAAGGACGCCAAUGGUGGUGUAGCUGUGGACUCGUUGGGUGUUCCCGGCCUUUUAAAAGUGGGGAGUGACGUAUUUGCCGUUGCCGAGGCGCAGUGCAAGGAGGGUGAAACCAUCUUUACUGGCAUUGCAACUCAAAUUGUGACGACAGCAAAGGCUAACGAACCGAAGGAAGUGCUGAAGGAUGCCAUAAGGGAUACACAGGUUCUGGAGGAAGGCACUACCGCAAUCAAGAAGAAAGUAGACGUGAGUCGACCAAAAACAGUUGUGAAGGAAAAUGAAAUUUACAUGCUUGCUGGAAAAUACAGCCGGACAGCUGCCGCUGAUGCUGGAGAGAGUGGUGGAGGUGACUGGGGACUUUUGCUGAUGAGAGGGAACGUCAGUGUUGAGGGAGGCAACCGAAAAAUCCAAUGGAAUGAGAACCAGCGACUGGUCCGCACUUUAUGUGAGGACGAACACGAUUCCUUGAUGCAGCUUGUUGCAGGCGGUGGAUCUGGUAUUCAGACGGAGGACGGCACGCUUGUGUUCCCAGUGGAAGCCACAAAGAAGAAUUCGGGGCAGAGCGAAGUUGUGGGCGGAAAGACUGUCUUGCUGCUCAUGUACUCUUCGGAUGCUUCGAAUUGGAAGCUGUCGAAGGGGAUGUCUGCCGGUGGCUGCAGUGAUCCCUCCGUUGUGGAGUGGGAGGACAAUAAACUCAUCAUGAUGACUGCGUGUGAUGAUGGCCGCCGCAGGGUGUACGAGAUCAAUGACAAGGGGGAUUCGUGGACGGAGGCACUCGGGACACUCUCGCGUGUGUGGGGAAGCCCAAAAGGCGCAAACGUGAAGGCUGUUGGGAGCGGGUUCGUCACAGCGACUGUUGGCAAUGGAAAUGAUGAUAAGAGAAGGGUGAUGCUCGUCACUCUGCCUAUGCCUCCUACGGAGAGGGAAGAGGAGGAAAAGGAAAAGGGCGAACUCCAUCUUUGGCUGACGGACAAUACGCACAUUGUUGAUAUUGGGCCGGUAUCCGGUGAUGAUGACGAUGACGCUGCGGCCAGCUCCCUGUUGUACAAAAGUGCUGGAAGUGGAAAUAAUAAGAAGAAGGAUGAGUUGAUUGCACUGUACGAGAAGAAGAAGGGCAGUGAAAAACCAUCGUCACACAGUCUUUGGUCUGCGCUUCUGACUGAGCAGCUGCAGCGGGUGAAGGAGGUGGUGGCGACUUGGAAGAAAGUGGACGAACGUGUCUCCAAACUGUGCCCCACUUUAAGUGCUGCGGAGAGUGCCUCGACUGGCACUGUCUGCACUUCUGUGGUCACGGAUGGACUGGUUGGCUUUUUGUCCGGCAACUUCUCUGAGAAUACGUGGAGGGACGAGUACCUCGGGGUGAACGCCACAGUGAAGAGUGGUAUUGGUGCAGCAGGGACUACCGAUGGCGUGACGUUCACAGGGCGUGGCGCGGGGGCGGAGUGGCCUGUUGGCAGGCAGGGGCGGAAUCAGCUGUACCACUUUGCGAACUACUACUUCACUCUUGUGGCGACGGUGUCCAUCGAUAAGGUGCCGGAGGAGGAGGGUCCUAUUUCUUUGAUGGGUGCGACGAUGAAUGGCGAUGAUAAGACUGUUCUCCUGGGACUGUCGUACGACAGCGAAAAGAAGUGGCAGGUGCUGUGCGAUGGCGUACCGAAUUCUGGGAAGCUCAGCAGCACUUUGGGGUCAACACACCACGUGGUAAUUUUGCUACGGAACGGCAGCCAGGGCUCCGUGUACGUUGAUGGUCAGCAAUUAAAUGGGAAUGAAGCGUGUGCAUUGGGAAAUAGGGAUUCAAAAGGGAUCUCCCACUUCUACAUUGGAGGGGAUGGAGAAAACGCAGGGGGCCAAGAAGAGGUGCAUUUGACGGUGACGAACGUCCUACUGUACAACCGCCCGUUGGAUGAAGCAGAGAUUGGCGCCCUUAACCCGAAUAAAGAACCAAUUCAACUUUUGAAAGAGAAUCCGUCGGCGCCUUCAAAAGUUUCUUCUGAUUCCAUUAUACCUCCCAGUCAUCCGGCGACCCCGAAUGCUCAGAAAACCGAAGCUUCGUCUACUCCUGCCGGAAGACAUCCGAUGGAACAGGGACAGUCGAUGGAGAGCAGUAAAGAUGCGGACAGUGGCGGUGCAUCCACAGCAGCGGUGCCCACUAUAACUACUUCCUCAGCAGGAAAGGACACCGUAAAGCGGGUAGCUUCAGGAACAUCUCCCGAUGGAACUCAAACUGUAGAUGGCAGUUCUACUGCUGAUGGCGAGCCAACGAUGGAGACAAGAGAAGGAGGAACGAAUGGGCAGGAAGAGGAGGUUAAUACGCAGAUCAGGGAAGUAAAUGCUACGGCACUCAGCAGCAGUCUCGGAAAUGUGUCGCAGGGGAAUAACAGCGAUUCCGGCACUGUGCGUGAGUGCGGACUGCUGCCAUCGUUGCUUCUUCUGCUGCUGGGACUGUGGGGGUUUGCGGCUGCGUGA